AUGCCAAAUCCGGAGAGACAUGGGGGCAAGAAGGAUGGGGGCGGCGGGGGGUCCUCGCAGCACGCGCCUGGCAGCGGGAGUUCGAACAGCAAGGAGAGGCACCGCUGGGCCCCCAGGCACAAGAGCAACUCCAAGGAGUCACCGCUGGCGGCCCAGGAGACGGCGGCACCCUUGGGCGCGAUGAUCAAGCCGCUGGUGGAGUAUGACGACAUCAGUUCAGAUUCGGAUACCUUCUCGGAUGAUGUGGCCCUCAAGCUGGACAGGAGGGAGAACGAGGAAAGGAGGGCGGACCGGAGUGAGAGGAUACAGAAGCACCGGCACCACCAGCACAAGCGCAUUCGUGAGCUGAUGAAGAGCAAACAGGCAGAAAAAGAGAGGAAGUUAGAAAAGAGCCUGGAGGCAUCCAGCAGGUCCGGGUCCACCAAGGAGAGAAUAUCGGGAUCCUCCAAGAGACUCCUUGAAAGCGAGGAGCACCCGAAGUCGCUGUCCUCAAAGAGUAGCAACAAGGAGUCUCGGUCAGCCAAAGCGCACAAGGAGAAAUCCAGGAAGGAUCGGGAGCUCAAGUCCAGCCACAAAGAGCGCGGUAAAAGCCAUCGGAAAAGGGACGCUCCCAAAAGUUACAAAACAAUUGACAGUCCGAAGCGGAAAUCCAGAAGUCCUCACAGAAAGUGGUCCGACAGCCCUAAAUUGGACGACAGCCCCUCAGGAGCCUCCUACAUCCAGGAGUACGAUCUCAGCCCUCCCCGCUCUCACACAUCCAGUAACUACGAUCCCUACAGGAAGAGCCCUGGCGGCUCCUCGCGCCGGCAGUCGAUCAGCCCACCCUACAAGGAGCCCGUGGCUUACCAGUCGAACACUCGCUCUCCCAGCCCUUACAGCCGGCGGCAGAGGUCCAUAAGUCCCUAUAACAGGAGGCGCUCCUCGAGCUACGAGAGAGGCAGGGGGUCGUACAGCGGGAGGUCACCGAGCCCUUACGGCCGACGGCGCUCCAGCAGCCCUUUCGCCGCGAAGCGGUCUGUGAGCCGAAGCCCCAUCGCCAGGAAGUCUGUGAAGUCCCGAAGCCGAAGCCCUGGGUACUCAAGACACUCAUCAUCUCACAGUAAAAAGCAGAGGUCUGGGUCACGCAGUCGCCAUUCCAGUAUAUCACCGACAAGGCUACCGCUGAACUCCAGUCUGGGGGCAAGAAAAAAAAAGGAGCGAGCGGCAGCGGCAGCAGCUGCAGCCAAGGUGGAUGGGAAGGAGGCAAAGGGCUCACCUGUUUUCCUGUCUAGGAAGGAGAACAGCUUAGCUGAACUUAAGGAGUCUGGAACAGAAUCUAAAAAGGUCAUCAAAACUGUUAAGUCUGAAAAAUCAUCUUCAGAUACAGAAUUAGUUAAUUUACUGUAUACGAAUGCAGAGACUAAAGCCCCUGCAGAGACGACAAAAAUCAAGGCAGAGGAGAACUCUGAGAGGAAACAUCCUGUUCCAGUUAGAGAUUCAAAACAGACGGGAACAAAAGACUCGAAGCCUGUAGCAGUGGCAGAGGACCUCCUAUCUCCAAAAGAGACAGAGGCAGCAGAGAAGGAGAUUCCACCCCCGCUACCCUCGAUAAAAUCGCCUCCUCCACCUCUGCCGACAACCACACCACCACCUCCAACUCCGCCGUUGCCGCCUUUGCCGCCAUCACCUGCUGUUCCACCUUUGCCACCAUCCCAACCGACUCCCGUUCAGGUCCCUACUUCAGCCCCAACAUCUUUGCCAUCUUCUGCCCACCCAAGGACGUCUACUUUAUCCUCUCAGGUGAACUCUCAGUCCUCUGUCCAAGUUGCUACAAAAACACAAGUGUCUGUGACGGCUGCUAUCCCACACCUGAAAACUUCAACGUUGCCUCCGCUUCCGCUCCCCCCUAUUUUAGUUGGGGAAGAUGACUUGGAUAGUCCAAAAGAGAUUCUUCCUCCAAAACCUGUGAAGAAAGAUAGAGAGCAGAGACCACGACACUUACUCACGGACCUCCCGCUCCCUCCAGAGCUCCCUGGAGGGGAUCCAUCUCCUCCUGACUCCCCGGAACCAAAGGCAGCCACACCACCUCAGCAACCGUUCAAAAAGAGACCAAAAAUCUGUUGUCCUCGGUAUGGGGAAAGGAGACAGACGGAAAGCGACUGGGGGAAGCGUUGCGUGGACAAGUUUGAUAUCAUUGGGAUUAUUGGAGAAGGGACAUAUGGGCAGGUGUACAAAGCCAAGGACAAGGAUACAGGUGAAUUGGUGGCUCUCAAGAAGGUGCGACUGGACAAUGAAAAGGAAGGCUUCCCCAUCACGGCCAUCCGUGAGAUCAAAAUCCUUCGGCAGCUGAUCCACCGCAGUGUUGUUAACAUGAAGGAAAUUGUCACGGACAAACAAGAUGCACUGGAUUUCAAGAAGGACAAAGGUGCCUUUUACCUUGUGUUUGAGUACAUGGACCAUGACCUAAUGGGGCUGCUAGAAUCUGGCUUGGUACAUUUCUCAGAGGACCAUAUCAAGUCUUUCAUGAAACAGUUAAUGGAGGGUCUGGAUUAUUGUCACAAAAAGAAUUUCCUUCAUCGAGAUAUUAAGUGCUCCAACAUCUUAUUGAACAACAGUGGGCAAAUCAAACUUGCAGAUUUUGGACUCGCCCGACUCUACAGCUCGGAGGAGAGCCGUCCAUACACAAAUAAAGUCAUUACAUUAUGGUAUCGACCUCCAGAAUUGCUGCUAGGUGAGGAGCGUUACACACCAGCCAUAGAUGUGUGGAGCUGUGGCUGUAUCCUCGGGGAACUGUUUACAAAGAAGCCUAUUUUUCAAGCCAAUCUGGAACUGGCUCAGCUUGAAUUAAUCAGCCGGCUCUGUGGGAGCCCCUGUCCAGCGGUGUGGCCAGAUGUCAUCAAGUUGCCCUACUUCAACACUAUGAAACCGAAGAAGCAAUACCGAAGGCGCCUGCGUGAGGAGUUCUCCUUCAUUCCUUCGUCUGCUCUCGACCUGCUGGACCACAUGCUGACGCUAGACCCUGGCAAGCGCUGCACAGCAGAACAGGCCCUGCAGAGUGACUUCCUUAAGGAUGUUGACCUCAGCAAAAUGGCACCUCCAGACCUUCCCCACUGGCAAGAUUGCCAUGAGCUGUGGAGCAAGAAACGCCGACGGCAGCGGCAAAGCGGGAUUGCAGUGGAGGAGCCACCGUUAUCAAAAGUUUCUCGGAAAGAAACUACCUCUGUUACAAGCACAGACACUGUCAAAAACAACAGCAGUCCUGUGCACCCACAGCCUGCCCAGCUCAAAACAGAGUCUGGUGCUGGAGAUGCAGUAGGCCUUGGAGAAAUCACCCAGCAGCUGAAUCAGAGCGAACUAGCUGUUUUACUGAACUUGCUGCAGAGCCAGACUGAUCUGAGUGUCCCACAGAUGGCCCAGCUGUUGAACGUACACUCUAACCCAGAGAUGCAGCAACAGCUGGAGGCUCUCAACCAGUCCAUCAACGCUCUGACAGAAGCCACAACUCAGCAGCACGAGUCUCAGACAGCAGCAGCAGAGGAAGCCAUAGAAGAGCCACCCGCGGAGGCCCAGCUACCGGAGGAGCAGGCGACUCCAGAAACAGCCAGCGCUCAGGGAGAUAUGCAGAACGUGCUGGCCGUUCUGCUGAGUCAGCUGAUGAAGAGCCAGGAGCCUGUUAUAACCCUGGAGGAGAGCAACGGGGAGAAGAGCAGUGAGCAACGGGGGCCAAGGAAAACCCCUACAAUGCACCCGGAGGAAAGUACAGGGGGCGGCAGGGGGUGUGGAUGGGAGGAGGAAAGGUGCUGGGUGCUAGAAUGUGGUCGAGCCUCAGAUUUCAAGACCGAGACAGACACUGACCCACUCCCUGCGCAAGAAGCGGAGUCGCUCGGCCACACGACGCACGAACACCAAGCCUCCAGAGCCGCGGACUACGGCAGGGCCCACUCCUCCAGGACUUACAGCGCUGAGGGCUCAGAGGGGGGAUUCGGUGCCGAGGAGCUGAAUUCGGGCCAGACGCUACUAGAACCCUCUGCCCAGCCUCUGGGGAAAAGCAGGACCUUCUUGGGCUCCAUGAGCCACCUUGGGGAGACGAGCAAUUACCAGGGCACAGGAUCUGUCCAGUUUCCAGGGGACCAGGACCUCCGCUUCGCCAGAGUCCCCGUCGCCAUACACUCGGUUGGGCAAUCUUUUACGAAAGCCGAGGGGAGCAACAACACGCUGGUACAUCCAGAGGCCAAAAUUCAAAAUUACGGCGAGCUGGGACCGGGGAGCGCCGGUUCCAGUGGGGCAGGAACAGGUCACAGCUGGGGCGCCCCAACCCAGGCGACUUCUUCUUACGGGAAGGCGUACCGUGGGCCUGGCAGAGUGCCUCCGCGGGGGGGACGGGGGAGAGGGGUUCCUUACUGAGAGAUGCGCCUUUCGCGCCGGUCCUCCCCUCCCUCGCCUCUCCACCUUUAGCGACAUGACUUUUUCGCCAGAGCAAGGUCUUGUCCGCAUUUCAGCUGCUGCAAAGCUCCCUGUUGUAUUCCUUGCUAGGCUGCCGGCGGGCGCCCCGUGACUUGCUGUAGGGUCCCCACUUGGGCGUCUCGCUGGCCAAAACCUCUCGCGCUUGGUUAGUGACAAAAAACAAAACAAAAAAACAAAAAACAAACAAAAAAACCCACCGCAAACAGCGGUGAGCUUUCUGCCCUGAGCCAGCAGAGGGGGGGGAAUUGUUU